AGGUUGUGUCUACAUGACCCACUGAGGGGAGUGGCUCAUCAUUGCAGCAGCUAUGCAUGCAUGCAUGAUUGAGCUGCUGUUCCAUACGUGGGAGAGAACUCAUCAUGGCCAAUAGAAUGUCUUUCCUUGGAAGAAAUAAUUCUUCAAGCUCUAUUCUUGACGGCCCCAGACUGUUCUACCACAAAGUCUGCUUGACUGGAGUGAGUAAUGUUGGAAAGACCAGUCUAUUCCUGAGAAUGAAAACAGGAGUGUUCCCUGAUGCUCAGACUGUAUCUACUAAUGGAGUGGACACACAGCUGUUAGUGAGGAACGUCACUGGGGGGAAAGUUGGUAUGUCACUGAAUGAUACGCUCGGGGUUGAGAAGUGUGGAACACUAACAGCAAACUAUUUCAAAGGAGCAGAGUGCAUCCUGUUCAUGUUUUGUAUUGAAGACCAGUAUUCAUUAGAGAGUCUUGAUGACGCCAUUAAGGAGACCAGCAAACACGUUACGUCUUCAACCUGCCUGUUCUAUCUAGUGGCCAAUAAAGUUGAUCUCAUGUCUGAGAUUACAGCGGACAGAGUCACUGAAAAACAAAUUGAACUUGAUUGCAAGAAAGUGUUCUACAUAUCAGCAAAAACGGGUGAAGGGAUUGAUGAACUUUUUGAUGGAAUUGCAACUGAUCUAAACAUGAAGGCAGUGAAUACUUUACCGGAAGUAUCUCGCAUUCAGCUCCAUGUUACCCAAACCCAGGGAGGACAUGGAGAUAAGAAAUGUGCUUGUUAAAAAUUAAUUUAAUCGUAUAAAUAAUAAUAUUGAUGUGCUAGUCUAUUUAAUUUAUCAAAAUAUUGUCAUACAUUAUUACUGCAUGGUGUUACUAUGAAGCAGUUAUGAUAGAAAGA